AUGUCCGAGGUCGGUCCUUCAGACCAUCACCAUGACUCCGCACUCACCUAUCAGGCGUCAAUGGUAGACGAGGAUCAAUCUCACAGCGCAGCUCCCCUCUUACCCAAAUCCGAAGAUUAUGGAACCGCAUCAGCAGACGGGAUGAAAGAGCUCGAGAUGGGAGAUGUCAAGCAUCUCAGCCCGACCCCGAGUCCCAGGCCAAGCUCUUCCUUCGGGAUUGACGAUGAAUGGACCCCCAGUUUCAAGCGGGCUCAUCCUAGAUCCAGAAGCUUCAGAUGGACUUGUCUGCUGUUCCUUCUCAAGGCUGUCCUGGCCGUUUGGUUCAGUGUAAUACUUUAUAACGUCAUUCGGUAUUGUGCUCGGUCGCCCAAAUCCACCGGUGAUCUUCCAGACACCAGCUCCAGCUCCAGCGACGAGGGUAGCCCCGCGCCUGCAUCUGCAUCCAAUGACCGGAGAAUAACGAUCGACUCCAACGCCGAGAACAUACGCGGCGUGUACCCCCUCUACGACUCCCUAUCCCUCACCACAACUACAGGUAACAUCACCGUAGCCAUCGCCCCGCAACCGGCACACCCAGACCACCCAUUCGAGCCAGCGCGGCUGCAUAUCCGUUCCCUCUCGGGGACAGUCACCGUCUCAUUCACCGCACCAGAGGCAGCCGUCCUCCCGGACCUCGAACUGGCCAUGGAGCUGCACCAGGACGGUAUUGACUCACUGCCACAUACCAACGUCAUGAAAACCUGCGGUCUACCGACCCGUCGCUACGAGCUGGACAUCCAGACGGAAAUAGGGCCUAUCGCAGGCCGAAUGGUCUUUUCGCGCUCUGCGCGGCUCGUUUCGGGCGGUGGUGAUAUCACUGCUAUGCUUAUCCCAGUUAUUGGUGGUGUUGGCGAGGAUUGUACCAGGGAGAUGGGGCGGAAUGUGUCCAUCGUGACAGAGACGAGGGCCGGUGAGCAGCGGAUUCAUGUUACCGAGCCUUAUGUCUUGGGUUCCGAGGCUGAGGCUGGACCUGAGGCCAAUUACUCUGUGGCGGGGUGUCAUGUUGCGGGGAAUGGGGCGAUGGAGGUUGCGUACCCGGCUACUUGGGCUGGGAAUGUGCAUGUGCGUACUGAAGGUGGGAGCGUAAGGCUCGAGGGGGAGGGUGUGGAAGUUGUGGAGUCCGGAGAGGGGAUGGUUGCUGCGAUGGUUGGGACGGGGAGGAUUAGUGAAGAUGAGGAGGAUGAGGACAAUGAGGAAGACGACGACGACGACGACGACGAGGACGAUGAAAGAAGACUAGGAGGAUGGAUGGAUGUAACCUUCAAAUCCAAGGAGGGGCCAAUCCUGUUCUAUGUUGGGUGA